AUGGGAUGGGUCCCUGACGAUUGGGCAAUUGAUCAUGACACACUAAUUGAUGUCGGAGGUCACAUGCAAAGAAUGCCAAUGUUUCCCUAUUUUGAUGCGGCUCACUAUUUAUUAAUGUGCAUAUCAGUACGAGAAGAUCUUGGCGCAACAUCAACACAAUUUUCUAGGCGACACCCAUUUUCUUGCUGGCUUUCAUCCAUGCUAAUGUCAUUUGCGGGAAGCUUCUUAGCGUGUUUCCUGCUAGGAGAGCCGAUUAUCUCGCCAUUGAAAAGGCAUAACGAUAUCAUUUUAGCAACAAUUGUUUGGUACUGCGUUUUCUAUUUUCCAUUUGAUAUAGUUUACAAGCUCUGUAAAAUACCACCAAUUAAAAUAAUACUUUGUGUGUUAAAGGAGGUCCAAAGAACGCAAAAGAUUGCUGGAGGGGUGAAGUAUGCAGCCAGAUUAUAUCCAGAGUCCUAUUUAGUUCAAACAUUAGUCGGAGUCUCAAAAGGUGCUGGAUCGGGCGUCGUUAAAAUUGUUGAACAACUUGUUCGAGGAACAUGGGUUCCAACGAAUCAUGAAAUUCUGCGCCCAUCAUUCACAACAAAGGCUUGUGCAAUAUCUUCUAUAAUUUUCACUCUAGAAAGGCAUAGUAUGUAUGUAACAGCUCCUCACGAUCUCGUUUAUCUGUGUGUUGUGGGAUUCUUUGUGUACUUUAAAUUGGCUGCUUUAUUGCUAGGAGUACAAGAUGCCCUUUCUCCUAUUGAAAAUCUGUUUUGUGCAGUAUUUAUGGGAGGAAUGUUUGACGCAUUUGGAAAAGCAAUCAAAGCCACUAAAGAAGCAAUAAACGGUAAUCGGGCACUGACAGAAGAAGAAAUUCUUGCAAAAGAACGCGAAAAGCUGAUGAAGCGAAGAAAAACUACACUUAAUGAAACUCCGGAAUAUUUUCUGGAACUGUGGGAGUCUUGUCCUUCCGCCAAAUCACCAUUGGCAAAAAAACUAUUUCGGUUGACUAUGACAGAUUCUUCCCCUGAAGAGGUUCAUUAUAAUAAAGCACAAGAGGUAAUAGUGAUCAAAGGAAAAACUUCAAGGACAGAAAUUCCUUUGGCGAAAUCAAAAAUCGAGGAAUUAACUGCUAUAAGUAAAGCCAAACAAGGAAAAGUGCAACGUGCAAAGACAUUUUCCUCAUUUGCGGUUGAUCCUGCUGCUCAAGAAGACUUUAUUGCGUUCACAAAAUGUGUUGGAGACGUCAUCGAAAAUCCGACGAAAAAUAAGCGGUGGACAGCUCUUCUAAGAGCUCUUGAACCUUUCAGUGAAGGCAAGGCAGCCAAUAUUCUGUCGACAUUUGAACAAUCUAAACUAGUGGAUUCAAUUUUGAAAUUUGAUGCAGACGAAGACGUUAAUAGAAAGACAAUGGAAUCAUUGUUAAAUGCCGUUCUUUGCUCCAGGGUUUUGUCUUACAAAAAUGAGAAUGAACUGCUUCAGAUGUGCAUUGAGAAGGGUUAUAGCACUGUCAUCGAAGAACUUUUCGUCCAUCAAGAUAGGAUUAUUUCAGAAAGAGUUCUCGCCGAGUUGUUGAAAACCGCGAUCCAAGGUCCCGAAAAUUUGCGACGGAAACGAAUCGAAAAAUUGAUUCUUAGAAAAUAUUCUCGUGAAGCGCUCAGUCUUUCAGCUACUCAUUCUUUAGCGACUGGUGAAGCUCUUGAAAUCAUGAAAAUUCUUACUGAAAUAUAUCAAGGCUUCGAGGUGGAAGAAUUAAACAAUGAUAUUGAUGAGAAGAUUCUCGCUUCGAAAGCUCUUUCGUUAAUAACAGUUCUCAUGAACUCGCAUGCUAACCGAAUAAUCAAUGAAGAUAAACAACAUCAGAAAUUUGCUGAAAUUAGCAAUUUCAUUAUAGAAAUGCAAUCGAUGAUCAGUACAUUUUCCAAGGUUCAAGUCGCUUUUCAACAAACUGCUGAAGAAUGUCAUUCGAAUGGCACUGUUCGUCGGAUUCACCUCAAGGCUCACAAAUUGGUGCUGUAG